GCUCUCUCUGCUCUCCCUCCACGAGGGCCGCCAUCUUCACGCCGCUAAUUCUACAGCCGAAAAGUUCUUCUUUCCAGAUAUCUCCUGCGUGACAAUGACUCGCAAACGUAGGAACGCAGGACGCGCCAAGAACGGCCGUGGUCACGUCAACCCGGUUCGUUGCACCAACUGCGCCAGAUGCGUCCCCAAGGACAAGGCGAUCAAAAAAUUCGUCAUCAGAAACAUGGUCGAAGCCGCUGCUGUACGUGAUAUCACCGACGCCAGCGUCUACUCGUCCUACACUCUGCCCAAAUUGUACGCCAAAUUGCACUACUGCGUAUCCUGCGCAAUUCACUCCAAGGUUGUUCGCAAUCGUUCCAAGAGCGACAGAAGAAUCAGAACUCCACCAGUCAGGAACUUCCCAAGGGAUAUGCGCCAAGGCCAGCAAAAUAGGAAGUAAAUGAUGUUACAUUUUCAAAAUAAAUAUUGAAAAACAAAA